AUGUUCAAGUCCACUCUCGCCAGCGCCCUUUACUGCUCCUUCCUCUAUGCAAGCCCUGCCUUUUCAGAGUACACCAAUCUUCCAGAUGUCAAACCAGGCGUCUUCGAGGCGGGCACCCGCAUAGAAAUCCACAACACUAACUUCGAUGCCGUCUGGGACCUGCUCACCGACUUCCCCAACUACGCCGCCUGGAAUCCAUUCGUCCGCUAUGCAGUCGUCACCUCACCACUUAACAUCACACUGCCUGAACAACGGCCUGUCGAGGGCAAGAAUCUCUUUUUCCGCGUUCAGAUCCCCUCGCUUCCACUGCCCGUAAACAAGGACACUCCCGACAACCCUCUACACACGCAAACAUCACAAGAGAUCGUUACAGCUGUACAACGCGACCUGGGAAGGCUAGCCUGGGCGUACUGGCCACCUUCGGUCAUGCUGAGUGCUGAAAGGUGGCAGGCUAUUACUGAUUAUGGCAAUGGAACCGUGUUGUAUGAGAGCAGGGAAGUUUUCGGUGGGCCUCUGGCUUAUGUUGUCAAAACCACCAUGGGAGAGGCCUUACAAGCCUCAUUCGUAGGUCAGGGAGAGGGAAUCAAGCUGUACCUUGAAAGCCGGUGA